AUGAAUUUUAAAUAUCAAUAUCUUUGUACAACUGACUUGGAAGCGCAAAUAUUUACAUUGUCUCACAUUCUGUCUUUGUCUUGCCUUCAUGUCGUAGAGUCAGACGUCUGUGCACGCCAGUGCUGCGGGCAGCAGCGCUCAUUCGUGAUGCACUUGACUGACAACGCCGGCCAAGAGGUGGCGCGGUGUUUUCGCGACUUCCACUUCUGCCCAGGAUUGUGCUGCUGUUACUGCUGCUUUUGCUGUUGCUGCAUACACCAGAACGAUGCCGACUCUGGUCGAUCAGGCGUCCGUAGUUCCGAGAACCCGACAACUACCAUACCCCCUUCAUCGUCGGUGUCGGGAGGCGUGAAGAAGUCACAUCAUCUCGUAGCCUCCAGAAUAGAGCAGAGUAGCGGUGAGAUUAAGAAAAAAGAGCGGGACAACGAGUUGAGUCAGUCGCAUCCUUUCGUCAAGGAGCCGUUCUUCGAGGGAAACCGAAAAGAUGAUUCGAAAGAAAAGGGAGAUUUUGCAGCUACUUCUGGUGAGCUCAACUGCUAUAUUUCUCAUUUUUAG